AUGGGCGACUUCAAUUAUGGCCCCGUGGAUGAGGUUGGUGAUAUUGCCAUCAUUGGCCUAUCCUGUCGAUUCCCAGGUAGCGCCUCAGACCCAGAGAAGUUUUGGGAGUUACUAUCAAACAAAAGAUCGGCAGCGAGAAUUAUUCCAUCCGACCGCUACAAUGUUGAUGCAUUCCAUCAUACGGCCAGCGAGAAACUGAAUACACUCAGCGCGCGCAAUGGACAUUUUCUCGACGAGGAUGUCGCGGCAUUUGAUGCACCCUUUUUUAGUAUCACGGCGCAAGAAGCCACCGCUAUGGACCCUACAGCUCGACUACUGCUUGAGGUGACCUACGAGGCCAUGGAAGCAGCUGGCCUGCCCAUGGAGAGCCUCGUCGGAAGCCAGACUAGCUGCCAUGUCGGCUGCUUCACACGCGACUACCAUGAAAUGUUGAUGCGUGAUGCAGAGACAGCCCCGAUGUACGCUGGCACAGGCACGGGGUUUUCGUUGCUUGCAAACCGUAUUUCUUGGUUCUUCGACUUGCGCGGUGCUAGCAUGACCCUCGACACAGCUUGCUCAUCCAGCCUGGUUGGCCUACAUCUUGCUUGUCAAGGUUUACGCACGGGCGAAGCCACCACUGCCAUAGUGUGCGGCUCCAACUUGAUUCUCAGCCCGGAUCUUGCUAUGUGGCUGGCAAACCUGCGGAUGACCUCAACCGAUGGCCUCUCUCGUUCCUUUGCCGAGGGAGUUACGGGUUAUGGCCGAGGUGAGGGUAUUGCGACUCUGAUUCUCAAGCCUGCUCGCGAUGCUCUACGUGAUGGAGAUCCGAUACGAGCCAUUAUCCGUGGCACUGGUGCCAACCAGGAUGGCCAUACCACGAGCAUUACCGUGCCUAAUCGUGAGGCCCAGGCCAGCCUAAUUCGCUCUACCUAUCUUUCCGCGGGUCUGGAUGUUGCUCAGACUGCAUACUUUGAGGCACAUGGAACAGGCACAGGGGUGGGUGAUCCACUCGAGUUGGGAGCGGUGGCACAGGCCAUUAGUAUGAAACGAACAUCAGAAAAUCCUCUAUACGUCGGAUCGGUCAAGUCGAAUAUUGGCCAUCUGGAGGGCGCCGCCGGACUUGCGGGGGUGAUCAAGUGUAUAUUGAUGAUGGAGCACGGUGUUAUCGCUCCUAACAUCCAUUUUGAAACACCUAACAAGCGAAUCCCAUUCGCUGACUGGCACAUUGCUGUUCCGACUGAACUCACGCCUUGGCCAAUACAUCAGCCCAAGCGGGUGAGUAUCAAUUCAUUUGGUUAUGGUGGCACCAACGCACAUGUUAUUCUCGAUCAUGCCGACGAGUGGAUGGCUGCCAGAGGGUUUUGUCCUCUAAACGUCAACGAGAACCAGGAUGCGGACCCUAAGCUGUUUGUGCUCAACGCCCCAACGGAAUCAGCCUUGCAAAGGAUGAUGGACCGCAGCGGAAAUUUCAUCCGUACAGAACUGGCUGAGAAUCGCCCAAUUUCCCUCAACUGCCUAGCAUUUACCUUGAGCGAUAGGCGGUCCUUAUUUCCCUGGAAAGGGUUUGCAGUUGCUAGCAGCGCCCCUGAACUCGCCGAGAGUUUGCCCCCAGCUGGACAGCGGAAGCAGGAGAUACUUGCCCACGCGCCGCGACAGGCCCGCUUGGCAUUCGUCUUUACUGGUCAGGGUGCUCAGUACUCCAGAAUGGGCAUUGAGCUGUGGAAGUACCCAGUCUUCCGUGCCAGUGUCGAGGCAGCAGACCAGUAUUUGGGAACCGAACUGGCAAGUGGAUGGUCGGUUGUCGCAGAGUUUGGGGCAACUGAAACAACUUCACAGAUCAAUCGAGCCCAUCUCAGCCAACCGCUCUGCACCGUGUUGCAAAUUGCUCUGAUUGACCUGCUGCACUCAUGGGAUGUGAUUCCCGCUUCGGUGGUGGGCCAUUCUAGUGGCGAAAUCGCGGCUGCGUACUGCUACGGCGCGCUCUUGAGAGAGGACGCUUGGAAAAUCGCUUACUAUCGAGGCCAAGUCUGUGAAUUGUUGACAAGUGAUCCAGAACAUGCCCCAGGAGCUAUGCUGGCUGUUGGCCUCUCUGUAGAAGAUGUACAGAUUCAUGUCAACGCUGUCUCCACAGGCACCAUUGCUGUCGCUUGCAUCAACUCACCAGCCUCAGUCACUAUUUCUGGUGAUGCCCCAGGGAUCGAUGAGCUGCAGAAAGCUCUGAGUUCCGCCGGGGUGUUCUGUCGCCGGCUGAAAGUGGAUUUAGCUUACCACUCGCAUCAUAUGCAACGUGUGGCUGAGAUCUACGCGAAGCACAUUGCAGAUAUUCAGCCCGUUGCUACCACUAGCUCUGUUCAGAUGUUCUCCAGUGUAACGGGCAAGCAGAUCAGCUCAGAUCAGCUUGGUCCGGCCUACUGGAUUCAAAACUUGGUUUCUCCCGUGCAAUUUCUCGACGCGGUAUCGAAUCUCUUGCAGAAUGACCCAUCUAGACGGCGCCGACGCCCUCGCCAUGGCGAGUCAGCCAUGGAUAUGUUGUUGGAGAUUGGGCCGCACGCCGCUCUACGCGGUCCGCUACGUCAAAUUUUACAACAGCAUGAUCUCUCACAAAUUUCUUAUACCUCAGUUCUACAACGCGGCAAAGAUUCAAUUCAGUCUGCCGUUUCUGCCGCCGGCGAAUUAUACAUUCACGGAGUGCCUGUUUGCGUUCGGGUUGUGAACCGGCUGGCCUCAUCCUUGAUACCACUGACGAACUGGCCUUCGUAUCCAUGGGAUCAUUCACGUCGAUACUGGGCCGAAUCCCGUCUUAGUCGCAACUACAGACAGCGUCAGUUCGGCCGCCAUGACUUGCUAGGAGCGCCAGCUGCGGAUUCUAGCUCGUCACAACCACGCUGGCGGAAUAUUCUUCGUGUUCAAGAGCAACCAUGGCUGCGAGAUCAUGUUGUAGACGGACGCAUUCUAUACCCAGCGGCAGGUAGCCUUGCGAUGGUUAUUGAGGCCAUUCGCCAAAUCACACCCGCAGAACGGGAUGUAGCCAGUAUUCAUAUUGAGCAAACCCGAAUCACCAAGGCUAUUAUCAUCCCUGAUGACUCGACUGGAGUCGAAGUCGUGCUUCAGCUGAUCCAUGAUAGUGGAACAACAUCCUCCAGCGCUCAGCGUCCAGAGGACUGCUGGCAUUUCAACGUGACGAGCUGUUCGGAUGGUUUUACUCUCGAGCAGAAUAGCUCUGGUCGUGUGAGAGUGCGUUACAAAACAGAAAGAAGUGAGGGCGGUAGUGAUCGAACGACCGGAAAGGAAUUGCUGUGGCAGACUGUCCGAGAAGACUCUGCCACGAUCGCCGCGCAAUGUUCAAGGUCUAUUGAGCCCGCCAUUUUCUACCAAGCUACUUGCACGGCGGGUCUCCAAUAUGGUUCUCUCUUCCAGGGACUCAAGGAAAUUGCAGCCGGGGCAGACUGCUGCACCACUGUGGUCCAGGUUCCAGAUACACAGGCAUCAAUGCCCGCCGGCGCCCAGAGCUCGCAUCUGAUUCAUCCCACCACGCUGGACGUGAUAUUUCAUUCCAUGUUUGCGGCCAUAGGUGGCGAUCGUCUGGAUAUGUCCAGUGCUGCUGUACCCAUUGCGCUUGAAAGUCUCGUCAUCUACCCGAAUCUGUCUUCUGCAGCUGGUACAAUGAUGAAAACUUGCUGCCGCACCCGGCGUGAAGGAGAGCGAGACAUCGUAGCAGACAUUUGGGUUGCAGACGAGCAUGAUGAGCCCAAGCUUAUCAUCAAUAAGUUGCGGUGCCGGGAACUUACGGGUGCGAAGGAAAUCGCCAGCUCUUCCUCUGCACCAGCCAAAGCUCCGGUGGGAACACUUCUAUGGAAGCCUGAUAUUGCGUGGCUGGAUAAUACUCAGAUACAGAGAUAUGUGGCUGAUCAUCUCACAGAUGUCUCUGCAAUGCAGAAAAUUGUCGAUCUGGCAGCUCAUAAGAAUCCUGAUCUUGCUAUCAUGCAGAUCGGUUGUUCCGACAUUCUCAUCAAGUCUGUGCUUUCUGUAUUGGGAACAACCCCCGGCAGGACAAUGCGCUGCUCCAGCUAUACUAUUCUCGACAUGGAUACCGAGAGAGUCGCACAGAGCAAAGGCUUGUUCCAAGAAUGGGCAGAUUCUCUCUCUUUUGACCAAUUUGACGGACGGAAUGCGGCGUGGACCGAAAAUUCCAUAGAUCUGGCUAUUAUCUGCAGCAAUACAAUCGCCAACGAGGAGAUUCAACGCAUAAAAGAAUGCGUCCGCCCUGGAGGACUGUUAAUCAUGCAAAUUGAUCCAGAGCAAACCAGACGAUUGAAAGACCAUGAGCAUGGCAAAUCGAACUCCAAAACAAGGGCAUGGUUCAACAUCUCGCCUGAUCCGGCUUGGUAUAUCGGUAGAAAAACACCUAAUACUGUCUCUUGGGAGAACUCGACUGUCGUGAUCCUUGAACCCGCAAGCUUUUCAUCAAGCUCGACGGAAGUAUCUGCUCAACUCUCGCUGCAACUCGCCGCUCAUGGACUGCACGUCGAGACUGUCUGCUGGUCUACAGAUGUGUCUGACAUGCGGGGGAAGACGCUCAUAUCUCUGAUGGAAUUGGAUUCGCCAUUUCUACAAGAUCUUUGCACCGAGGAUUUUGCCGCCCUUCAGAUGCUCAUGCUUCAUAGCAAGCGUGUGCUUUGGGUGGCUAUGGGAGAGGACCCAGCAAUGCAAGCAGCCGUUGGCUACCUAAGAGUGCUCCAGAAUGAGAACGUGGAUCUUGAUCUGAGAUACUUGUUGCUGAAGAACGACGGAAGAUACACAGACCGCUCGCCAGAAAAGAUCGCGCAGACUGUGGCAGCUAUGGCUAAGUCGUCCACGACGGACCGAGAGUACAUGGAGUUCGAAGGAUGUAUUCAAAUCAACCGAUGGGUAGACGACGACCAUCUCCUCAGCAUCAUGGCAUCCAAUCGUAGCUCUUCGACAUCUGACCUGAUGCGUGUAGGUGAUAUCAGUGCCCCAUUACGACUUCAGGGCUCCAUUUACUCCGCCGUCGAAAGGACCGGUGGAGACUCCUUAGCAGAGAACGAAGUCUACGUCCAGGUGAUGGCAGUAGAUGUACACCACAGCGGCGUAUCUGCACUCGGAUUCAGCGGCAUAGUCACCGAAGUGGGCAACGGCUGCUCACGUCUCAAACCCGGUGACCAGGUCUGGGGUUGUGUUGGUAUAAACGCUCCUCAGACACGAAUUCAGGUUCCAGAGUCCUGGUGUCAAGACAUCCCUGCGGGUGGAUCAUUCGAAGACGCAGCCGCAUGGGCGAUCUCGCUUGGUACUGCACAUACGGCCUUGGUUGACAUUGCACGGCUUCGACCAGGCCAAAUUGUUGUUAUUCAAGCUGGAGCGAGCGCGGUUGGCCAAUUCGCAAUCCAAAUUGCCCAGCGACUUAUUGCAGCAAUCAUCAUCGUGACUGUCCGUGACCAGGAAGAACGUCUUGAGAUGGAAGCCCUUGGGGUCAGCUCGAAGUACAUCCUCGAGGAGAGCGAUCCAGACCUUGAGCUGGCUAUUGCUCAGCUGUGCAAUGGAAAUGGUGUGAACAUGAUAUUACACCAGGCCGCAGAGCACAAAUUACUCCCGCAGCUUUGGCGUUGUAUGGCUGCUGCGGGUGUUCUCGUGGAUCUUGAUGUCGAGAAUGUGACAAACAAAGAUAGUGAAGGCGAUCUACCAGCACUGUCUGUCGCUCCGUUCCGUCGAGGAGCUACAUACACUGCGUACAAUGCUGGCAAGCUGCUUCGCGAGGAUCCCCCUCGCACGCUUCCGAAUGCCACUUCCAAAACAUGUCUGGCCAGCAUCACAAUCCAUCAAAGCCGUUCAGUGGGUACACACCCCGCCCGGCAUGGCUGCGCCAUUCUUACCUUCGAAUCCAAUGGCCGCAUCCCCGUCACACCUGAACUUGCAAACCCGCUGAUCCUCGAUGGAGAUGCUACUUACCUCCUAGCCGGCGGCACAGGGGGGCUAGGAGCCAAUCUUGCGACGUUUCUGGCCGAAAAGGGGGCCACACACCUCGCCAUCGUGUCCCGAUCGGGCUCAUCCGCUGCAAGUGCCAUCUCAGUCAUUCAAGAUCUGACACCGAUGGGCGUAAAUGUCCGGUUCUACGCAGCAGACAUUUCGAACGAGGCAGCCAUGCACCAGGUAUUAGAUCAAUGCGCCCGCGAAAUGCCACCCAUCCGAGGCGUUUUGCAGUGUGCCGCCGUGCUCGAAGACUCCAUUUACCACAACAUGACCCAUGCGCAAUGGCGGACUGCCACCCGACCCAAGAUGCACGGCUCGAUGAUCCUCCAUCGACUCCUUCUACAGCGCGAUCUGCAAUUCUUCGUCAUGCUCAGCUCUAUCGCUGGUGUGGUGGGUAACCGCAGUCAAGCCAACUACGCGGCUGGUAAUACAUUCCAAGACGCGCUGGCUCACUACCGCCGCAGCUUGGGUCUGCCGGCUGUUAGUAUCGACCUCGGCCUGAUGUUGGGUAUUGGUCUUAUCGCUGAACGCGGCGGUGCAACCAACCUGAAGAAAUGGGAGGCAGUGGGUAUUCACGAGGCAGAGUUCCAUGCCCUACUGACAGCGGCUAUGACGGGGACAUGGAGUGGCUCACCGGUGCCUACGCAGCUUAUUUCGGGUCUACCCACGGGUGGUAUCCUUGAGUCUGAGGGUCUGGAACGGCCGUUCUACUUUGACAACCCGCGAUUUGCGUAUUUGAAAAAGAAAGACCUCGAUCAGACAAAAUCAAAGAUGGUGAUGGGCGGGCAAAAAGGGAAUGAUAUUGCGCUGUUGGUGUCGCAGUUGGGUAAAGUGCAGUCGAAAAGUGAGGCCGCCGAUCUCAUUGUUCACUGCCUGAAGCAGCGACUCGCUCGGGAAUUGCAGACAGCGGUUGAAAACAUUGAUGCCAGCCAGCCCUUGCACAGCUAUGGCAUUGAUUCUCUUCUUGCUGUCGAGAUUCGCACGUGGAUCUUGGUGAACUUGCAGGCCGAGCUAAGCUUGUUCGAUGUCUUGGGUGGCGGCAGUAUUCAUGCUCUCGCGAGUCGUAUUGUUGGUAUCUCAAAGACUGUUCCGAGUGAUUUAUAA